GCCUCUUCCACUUCCGGUUCUGUCGCUUCCGGUUCCCCCAGCACUUCCGGUCUCGGGCCUUUCCUUGUGAUGCCGCUUCCGGUCAGCCUCCACUUCCUGUCCCAGGCCAGCAGCCCCCGAGCGGGGUCCUGGCCCCCCCCCUCCGGCCCCAUAGCAACGCUCCGAGCCCCAUAGAAGCUUCCCAGAAGCCCUCUUAGCCCUAAGAGAGGCCCAUAGCAGCCCCUCGAGCCCCACGCCAGGCCCAUAGCAACAGCACCAAUCCCAUAGACGGUCUAUAGGAGCCCCCCCCGCCCUCUAGGAGCCCCCCCAGCACCGUAGCAACGCUCCCAGCCCUACAACAACGCAACCAGCCCCAUAGGAAAGCCACAGGAGUUUAACGCUCCAGCCCCGUAGUAGCCUCCCGCUAACCUUAAAGACACCCGGGCGGUUUUUUGGGGGGGGACCAUGUCCCGCGGAGCGGCCGAAGGGACCCCUGUGCCCCCCCCGGGCCGCCCCACGGUGUACGUGCUGCUGGAGGGGCCCCGGGCCCCCGACAGUCUGCAGGUGGUGAGCGUCAGCUCCGUGCUGCCCGAGUCUGGCAUCGUGGCUGACAUUGAGUGGGAUCCACCCGGAGGCGGAGGAGCCACAGACAACGGGAAACCGACCCCCGGUGAACCCCCACCCGGGGACCCCCCCGGCCCCUUCUACAGCCUGAAGAGCCAACCGCUGCCCCACAGCACGGCUGCGGCCCCCCCAGCUCCUCCCUCGUCGCGGGUGCUGCUCCGGCAGCAGCUGAUGCGGGCACAGGCGCAGGAGCAAGAGCGCAGGGAACGAGGUGGGGGUGGCCCCCCCGGCCCCUCUGCCCCCCUCCAGGCCCCCGGCCCCUCGCCUGCCAUCGCCGUGGGGGCCCCCCCGCAGCGGGCGCCGCCGCCUCACGUGCCCCCCGAGGUGCUGAAGGUGAGGAGGGGGCACCGGGGGUUGGAGGGGAGACUGCAAGGUGGGGGGGGGGAGCAUUGUGGGAUCUGGAGGCGUGAAGGGUGUCGUGGAGCACUGCGGGAUGGGGGGAUUGGGGGGGUCCUGUGGUGCUGUGGGUUGGAGGAAGAUGGGGCUGAGUUCUGA